GUUCCACAUCAUUUUAAAGUUUUUAUCAGACUCAAAGAGAAUAUUAUACAAAACCUGAAUUUCCGCAAUCUUAGAAAGAAGAAUUCAUGAGACUAAAGGACGGAGUUGACGAGACGAAGCUUAGUACCGCCAUGAUGUAUUAUGAUAUUAUGCCCUUUCAAUAAUUCCAAGAAUUCCUUUUCAAAGACAACACGUUGGCGAAAUGGUAAUAUUGAAGGUGAUUCUACGUUUACAGCUGUCUGUUGUGAAGUCAAUUGCGCGGUUAGUUGUGAUGUACAGGCCUGUUUACCUCGCGUGCAUGGUUUUCGGUUUGACUGUUUUGGAUGGCUGUGCUGCUAGCUGUGGAGGUGGGAUUACCGAAUCCUCUGGGAGCAUCAAGAGUCCAGCAACCUAUUCUGCCACAGCUUUAAAACCCUUAACUUGUAAAUGGGUUAUUAUGGCCAAAAAGUACGAGACAAUUCUGCUAACCUUCCCAAUUUUUAAUGUGUUGAUGGGGACAACAAAAGAUGACUGUAAUAGAGAUUACGUAGAAAUCAUAGAUGGCGGUGAUAGUUUGGGAAAAUACUGCAAUAGUCAGUCCAGAUAUCCCAUGAGAUCUAUACCAUCAAAGUCAAAUUCUGUUACAAUAGUAUUCAAAGCUACUGGUUCUCCUUAUGGCCAAAAGUCAACAUUUCAAGCCACUUACACUACACAAUGUGGUGGGUUGUUAAAAAGUUCAAAAGGUGAAAUUACAAGCCCUAAUUAUCCACAGCCAUAUCCAGUACCGCUAUCUUGCUCUUGGAAAAUACAAGUACCAAAAGACAGUGUCAUAAGAUUUUUUUUCUUAGAAUUCAACUUAGAAGCUUCUUCACAAUGCAAUCGAGACUACCUCAAAGCUGUGGAUGGCUUAAAUGUUACCUCAAGGUUGAUUGGCCAUUUCUGUGCCAAAAGAACUCCUCCCACAGAACUUCGCUCUACUAGUAACUCAAUGAUGCUCAAUUUUAAAUCCACCACUCCGACAUCUACAGGCAGUUUUCACUUUUAUUAUAAAGUGGAGCCACAUUGUGGUGGGAAUUUGAGAGGGAAUACUGGAAGUUUUUCCUCGCCUGGAUAUGGAAAUGUGGUUCAUUCAACUGGCCCUCAUAACUGUAAGUGGACCAUAGAAGUCCCUAUUGGUAUGGUCAUAUCAGUUGUUUUUGCUUCUUUUGAUGUGAAAUCAUCUUCAAAGUGUUUAAACGAUUAUGUUGAGAUUAUUGAUGGAUCUGGUGGCACUGCAAGAAGCAUGGGACGAUAUUGUGGAAGAGAAGUGGUCAAUCCACCAACUGUUCACUCCACUAAAAAUAUAAUGGUUAUAAUACUUCACCGUAGUACUGACUCAGGAAAGGGUUUCUUUGCAACGUACACUGCAGUCAAUCCUAAGAAUCCUUACAAUAUGUGCGCUAAAAAAGCUGAUGAACUACUAUAUAGAUGCAAUAAUAAUAACUAUAUUCAGUGCCAGUGGAAAUGUGAUGGUACAGAUGAUUGUGGCGACAAUUCAGAUGAGCAAAAUUGUGACACAUCUACAGUCAAGCCCACUAAAAGCAACAAAAUGACAAGUUACGUGAUCAUUUUGGUGUCCAUCACUGGGUUAGCAGUCCUCAUAGCCUUCGUGAUUUUUAUUAUUGAUAGGCUAAGAAGAAAAAGAAGGUCACAAGCCUCAAGUAGGCGUCGUAGGCGAAGGCGCGCACGUUUACUUGCUUUGGAGGCAGACUCAAGAGAACCAAAUUCACCGCCUCCUACAUAUGACUUUGCCAUUUCUGGGUCCAGUUGCUGUGACACUACUAGCAUGCCACCACCUUAUGUUGAAUCAUUAACUCCUGCAAGUACCAGUGAAUUUACAGAGAUCACAGCUAUGUCUAAUCAAACGGCAAGCUCUGAUGCUGAGCAAAGUGAGGAAACUUCUCAGGAUAUCAAUGAUCAACAAGUGGUUGAAGCUAACAGAGAUGACAUGGAGGUUAAUGUUGAGUGUGUUAGCUUGGGUGAAUCACCACCAUCUAGUGAUACAUCACCAUUGAUUGUCUAGAUAGCACCAGAAACUUGCAUGGUAGAUUGAAACAUAUUGUGGUUAAUGCUUUAGGGCUGAGAAAUACAAGAUGCAAAACUCCUCAACUUGUCACACAACAUCACUGCUGUUCAAGUAAAUGUUUUUCUUUUCAGCUUAAGCACUGACAACUUUUCAUGCAUCAAAGACAACCAUGCCAAAAUGUAAAUAAUGAAGAACGACAGUUACAAAACAUUUUGAGGUGUUUGGCAUCUUAUAUUUCUCUGUCUUAACAAGAGUAGGGUUUUUUAAUGGUUAAAAUUUUACAUAUCGAAACUCACAUAUUUACUAAAAUUCGCCAAUUAAUCAAUGAAUAGCAGAUUCAUUUCAUAGAAUAAGCUUUGUCUUAAUUCUAUGCUUAACCCAAGAUACCAAUUGGGUCCUCCAGUGGUUAUGUCACAAAACAAUUUCAGAAUAUUCAUAUAAAAAGUUUGUAUUUGUAACUGAACAUUGUAUACUGUUUCAACAAAGUUUUGUUUCGUAGUACCACUGGUAGCCAAGAUACGAGUGCUUUUAUGGUUGGAUGAUCACAAAUCCAUUUUGAAUUAAUGUGGUUCCUUUUCAAAGGAACCAAGCCAAAUUUAGAAGGGUUUGUAACUAAAAUCUCAACUAAAAGUAGCAAAUAAAUAGCCAUUUGUUCUCAAGAUAUUUCAUAAUUUGUGGUUACAAAUCCCAUGAAUUCACCAAAACAUUUUAAUGAUGCAGCACUUGAGUGGUCUGCUUGCAAAGUAAAAGUUUUCAACCAAAUGAUUUUAUGGGUAUUUUAGUUUGGUUCUGUCAUGUGUUUCAAUCUAUUUGUAGGGUUCUGAAAGAACUUUAAGUCAUUUCACUUCAUUUUCUUUUAUAAUCACAUAUAAAAAUUACAGUAUAGUUAAUAAUAGUGAUUAUUAAUUGUUGUUAAAAAUGUUUUAUGUAGAUAUUUAAGUUCGUGUUAUUGUAUAUUAUAUGUAUUUUAAGACUUGCUAGGAGAGAUUUUGGAUGGGGUAAUUGUAAAGUAUAUUACAUUAUUUUUUAUCUAAAACAGACGUUUUUCAAAAAAAAAAGUUAAAAUGAAAGAAAUUUUAUGUCUGCCAUCUUGCAAUGAAGCUUGACUCAUUUAUUAUGUACUUACCAGUUUUGAUAGACAUUUAUUCAUAGAGUGAACACAUUAAAUCAGUGGGGAAAAAAUUUAAGCACUCAACACCAAUACUGCAACUGGAGAGAACAUUUGGGAAAUGUUUCUUCGUCAACACCAUUUUACCAAAUUGCACAGCAUUAAUAGAAUUGUUCCAAUUGUUCACUCUGAAAGAUACAGUCAAUACGUUUAACGUUGUUCAGUUUUAAAAACAAAGAAAACAACAUAGUGUUGAUGUCUUUAUGUCUUUACAAGUGAACAGCGUUGAUGGGAUUGGCUGACUGUAUAUAUAUAGUAAUUUGUAGAGAUAGUUACCUGGGGAUAGAAUCAUAUAAAUGGAAUAGGAAACGUUUUCAAAUAUGUUUUUUACUAACUCAAAAUACUUGCAUUUUAUAAAAGCCACAAUAUUCGGAAAAUGAUGUAUUAAAUAGUAAUAAAACCAUUAAACUUUGAAA